CGCAGACCGACACGCACGCGCGAGAUUUUCGUAUCCGAUUCCCCACGGAAUAAAAACUCCGAUCCCCUCCCGUUUCCGCCUAAUAAUAUUAUUUUUUUGCAAUAUUGCCAGACCGAAUACCGUGGUCCGAUCACCGCCGUAUACAGCCUAACAGUAUUGCCGACCUGUCGUCUUCGUAGUUGUCGAGGCACCGUCCGGCGAACUGUUACACAACAAUAAAAAUAAUCCACCGGCAAAUAAUAUCGAUUCGUCCGCCGUCGUUAGUUGUACACCAGCGACCAGCACCAGCAGCUGUCAAGCGUCCGGUCCGGUGGUGUCUUCUGGUCGUUUUGCAUUAUUUUUUUUGCUCGUUAGUUUUAUUGCCUACGUCCCCCACGCACGACCAACCGCACUUGUCACCAUGUACAACCUUAGUCGACUGGGACGUAACGUUUCGGAAAACGUCCUGAGGACGGCGUCCAUGUCGUCUGCUCGUGGACUCCACGAGAUGCCGGAUCACCUCAAGGAUGUGCCCACGGCCGAGAACCCUAGGUUCUUCGAUAUGGUGGAAUAUUUCUUCCACCGUGCGUGUCAGGUGGCCGAGGACAAGCUGGUCGAAGACAUCAAAGCCAAGAUGUCCGUGGAAGACAAGAGGAAAAAAGUCAAGGGAAUAUUGUUGGGCAUGCAGCCGUGCGAUCACAUACUGGAGACAUCUUUCCCGGUUCGCAGGGACAGCGGUGACUACGAGAUGAUUACGGGUUACCGUGCACAACAUAGUACACACAGAACACCAUGCAAAGGAGGUAUUCGUUUUUCAUUGGAUGUUUCUCGGGAUGAAGUGAAAGCUUUAGCUGCUUUGAUGACUUUCAAGUGUGCUUGUGUUGAUGUACCAUUUGGAGGUGCAAAAGCGGGUAUAAAAAUAAAUCCAAAAUUGUAUUCAGAAAAUGAAUUAGAGCAAAUUACCAGACGGUUCACAUUGGAAUUAGCUAAAAAAGGAUUCAUUGGACCCGGUGUAGAUGUACCUGCACCAGAUAUGGGAACCGGUGAACGUGAAAUGUCAUGGAUAGCUGAUACAUAUGCUAAAACUAUUGGGCAUUUGGACAUUAACGCUCAUGCUUGUGUAACUGGUAAACCAAUUAAUCAAGGUGGAAUUCAUGGUCGCGUAUCAGCUACUGGUAGAGGUGUUUUCCACGGAUUAGAAAAUUUCAUUAUGGAGGCCAAUUAUAUGAGCUUAAUUGGUACCACACCUGGAUGGGGUGGAAAAACUUUUAUUGUUCAAGGUUUCGGUAAUGUUGGAUUACAUUCAAUGCGUUACUUACACAGAGCAGGUGCUACAUGCAUUGGUGUAAUUGAACAUGAUGGUUCUAUUUACAACCCAGAUGGAAUUGAUCCUAAAGCAUUAGAAGAUUGGAGAAUCGACAAUGGUACUAUUUUAGGAUUCCCAGGUGCUCAGCCAUACACAGGUGAAAACCUAAUGUAUGAACCUUGUGAUAUAUUAGUACCAGCUGCUACUGAAAAAGUCAUAACAUCAGCUAAUGCUCAUAAGAUCCAAGCCAAAAUUAUUGGUGAAGCUGCUAACGGUCCAACAACACCAGCUGCAGAUAAGAUUCUAAUAGAACGAAAUAUUUUGAUUGUGCCAGAUUUAUAUAUUAACGCUGGUGGUGUAACUGUAUCAUUCUUUGAAUGGUUAAAGAAUUUGAACCAUGUUUCUUAUGGUCGCUUAACGUUCAAAUAUGAGCGUGAAUCAAACUACCAUUUAUUAGAAUCUGUACAAGAGUCAUUGGAACGUCGUUUUGGUCGUGUGGGAGGAAGAAUCCCUGUCACUCCUUCUGAAUCUUUCCAAAAACGUAUAUCAGGAGCAUCUGAAAAAGAUAUAGUGCAUUCUGGAUUAGAUUAUACAAUGGAACGUUCAGCUCGAGCUAUUAUGAAAACUGCUAUGAAAUAUAACUUGGGCCUUGAUCUACGUACUGCCGCUUAUAUCAAUUCAAUUGAGAAAAUUUUCACUACUUAUAAAGAAGCUGGACAAACUUUCUAAUUCUUUUGUUUCUGUUUUGGCAGAAGCUUAGGAAUUUAGGUGUUGACAAACAAGCCAAAUUCAUAUUUUUAACCACAAUACAAUUUUAAUUAUUAUUACCAAAUUGAUAUACGAUUAGUCAUUAAUAAAACUAAUUAAAAGGAAUAAAUAACUUUUUCCUUGUUAACAAAAUUCAUCUUUUAAACAAGACAUGCUUUUAAAAAGUUCCUUUAUAGUACAAAAUCAAUGUUUUUUUUUUGUAAAAUAUACAUAUUACAUACUUAAGUA